UCAUUCCAUUUCCAUCCCUUGUCAAAAGGUAAAAAAGACAGUUCCCGCCAAAAAGGAGUCCUUCCCCUCUCUCCCUCUUUAUUACCGUGCCUUUGCCCCUCACACCACCAACAAUAAAGCCAAGGUCCUCAAAUUAAGGCCAUAGACCAUAGUGUUCCAAAGAUCAUAAUUAAUAUGAAGGCCACAUCAAAGAUGAUCAUGGGAGCAACCUUGGUAACGGUUCUAAGCCUUGCCAUUGUUCUCGCCCUCAUCCUUGUCCUCCUUGCUGAACUCUACUGUUCCCUCUUGCUCCGCCGCCGCCACCCCAGAACCAACACCACCACCACCACCACCACACCCGCCGCUUCUUAUCCAACCUUGAAGAAUAACAACAACAAUGUUUAUGCACAAGGCGUAUUCCAGCCUCCUAGAAGCUUCCUUUUUCCUUCCCUUGUUUGCAUGGCAGAAGAACCAAAUCCAAAUGCAAAUGAAAGUACCCCUCAUAGCAUCGGACUUGUCUCUGUUCCUUCCCCACUUGCUUCCUUCAUUAACAGAGCUCCACCUACUCCAAAGAAACUUCAACAAGAAGUAGAACAACACCCUCCUCCUCCUCAUCAUCAUCAUCAUCAUCACGAGUGCAGUAAUGUUAAUGGGGAGCCAGAGCAGCACCUUGUGUACAUAUCCAACCCCAUUUACGAGAACCAAGAAGAAGAAAAAGAAGAGGGCAAAGUGAUGAUGACGACGCCGUUUGAAACACCAGAAACUUCCCCUUCUCAAUUAGAUGAUUAUGAUGAUGAUGAUGUCGAUUUGAGUCGAAUGAAGAAGCUCCCUGAAGAGGCUUCUUCGCUUAGGGUUACCUUCUCGGCAAGUGACCAGUCACAUAGCAACAAUAAUUGUCUCUCCUCUUCAUCUGCUUCCCCUUCUACUUCUCCUUCAUGGAAGAUGUUGCAUGCUUGACAAGUUGACAUUUCCUCGUAGCACUAGAAGACAAACCCUAGGUUCUUAAUUAUCAAUCGGAGAUUGUGCAC